CAUUCCUCGCCGGUCGUGUUCAGGAAACUCGCUGAGCUCCUUCAGCAUUGGGUGGGAAACGGCACCAGAUCAACUUAUUGAAGUUGAGAGUACAACAGGACUCCAAGCUCGAAACAGGUCUCUCAGAGACAGCGGACGUACUGAAUAUCGGACUCCGGAGACUUGCUGCAGAGAAAACCAGUUGCCCUGCUUUGCCUUCGUGGUAUUAUUAUUAGGGGGAGGUCGCUUCAAGUAAGCGAAUGGCUGGUCGACGAAGCCUUCUUAGGACAAAAUAAGAGAGAGAAGAGCAGUGGAAUCGGAAGGGCACCUCUGCGGGGCUCAGAAAGGUCCAGGCAACUCGCGCUCGGGUGCGAAUGUACGCUAGAACUCGGCGAACAUCAAGGCCUGCGAUGGACAUUCGCUUGCAAACCCUUCGUGAGGCGAAGAGAAUGAGUCCGAAACAAAAGAAUUUCCUGAGCGAAGAUGCGGAGGAGGCACCACUCAUUGAGCGUGAGCUGCUAGGCUCGGCCGGAUCGUCAUCCAUCGAUUUGCUUCCAAGUCACAGCCAGGACAUCAAGCAUUACCCACCACCUAAAGGACGCUCCUACAUCAAAAGGCUCUUCCUUGGAAGUGGACCAUCCAAUGUACCGCGCACUAUACCAUUGAACACCACACAAGCAAGUGUCGCAUAUAACCCCAAUGUGGUGCGCAAUCAAAAGUACAAUGUUGCUUCCUUCCUGCCAUUGGUGCUCUAUGAGCAGUUCAAGUUCUUCUUCAACCUCUACUUCCUGCUGGUCGCGCUAUCCCAAUUCGUACCUGCACUCAAAAUAGGCUACUUGUUCACGUACUUUGGACCGCUUUCCUUCGUGCUGCUGGUCACCAUUGGAAAGGAAGGGAAUGACGAUUGGAAGCGAUAUCAACGAGAUGAGGAGGCGAAUUCGCAACUGUAUCAGAGAUUGACGGACUCGGGCUUUGUGGAAGUCCCUAGUUCGGACCUGAAAGUGGGAGACUUCGUGUUAAUUGAGAAGAACCAAAGAGUACCCGCGGAUUGCGUUCUGUUGCGAACCACGGAAUCCAGUGGGGCAUGCUUUAUCCGCACUGACCAGCUGGAUGGAGAAACAGACUGGAAAUUAAGAGUUGCUGUGCCGUACACGCAGAACUUGGGGAACGACCAAGCGCUCUUACGGUUACGCGGAAGCGUGUACGCCGAGAAACCACAUAAAGACAUCCACAUGUUUGUCGGAAACAUGAACAUUGAGACAACUACGGAAGGUGACCAUGUAGAGGCUCUGAAUGCCGAGAACACCCUCUGGGCCAAUACAGUUGUUGCGUCCGGAAAUGCUCUCGGCAUCAUCGUGUAUACGGGCAUCGACACACGCGCCGUUAUGAACACUAGCUUCCCCAGUACCAAGGUUGGCCAACUGGACAACGAGAUCAACAGACUUUCAAAGAUUCUGGCGGUCGUGACCUUGAUUUUGUCCAUCGCCAUGGUAGGCCUCAACGGCUUCAGAGGCAUAUGGUACAUCUACAUGUUUAGAUUCUUGAUCCUGUUCUCGUCCAUCAUUCCGAUCAGUUUACGAGUGAACCUUGACAUGGGAAAGACUGUAUAUUCCAUGCAAAUAAUGCGAGAUCGGAGAAUACCAGAUACGGUCGUCCGAACGAGCACUAUCCCGGAGGAGCUUGGACGAAUAGGAUAUCUGCUGACUGAUAAAACUGGCACAUUAACUCAAAAUGACAUGGAACUGAAGAGGCUACACAUGGGGACCAUGUCCUAUGGGGGCGAAUCGAUGCAAGAUGUACGAGAACACUUGGUUUCGGCAUUCAGUACUCGGCAAGAGGGGGCUGCGUUCCGUUACAAGCGUGCUCGUGACAUCGCUUCUCGCGUUCGAGACAUUGUACAGGCCCUCGCUCUAUGCCAUAACGUGACGCCGGUCAUAGCGGCGGAUGGGGAGAUAACGUACCAAGCAUCCUCCCCAGACGAGGUCGCCAUUGUGAAAUGGACGGAAUCCGUGGGCGUCACGCUGUACUUCCGUGACCGCCAGAACGUCCGGAUUCGUACUCCCGAGGGCCCCAUGCUUGACUAUCAGAUCCUGGACGUGUUCCCAUUCACGUCCGAGACGAAGCGGAUGGGCAUAAUUGUGAAAGACUCGACGACCGGAGAGAUUUUCUUUUACCAGAAAGGGGCAGACGCCAUCAUGAGCAAGAUUGUACAGUACAACGAUUGGUUGGAUGAGGAGUGCGGGAAUAUGGCAAGAGAGGGCUUACGGACGCUUGUUAUUGGGAGGAAACGGCUAUCGGAAGACGCUCUCCAGGAGUUCAAUCGGCGAUACGCCGAGGCAAAGAUCAGCGUGCAUGAUAGGAACGCGGCAAUGCAGCGGGUCGUAUCCGAAGUUUUGGAGUGUGAUUUGGAACUACUGGGGCUCACUGGUGUCGAGGACAAGCUUCAGGAUGACGUGAAAACGACGCUUGAGCUCCUUCGGAAUGCAGGCAUCAGAAUCUGGAUGCUCACGGGAGACAAGAUUGAGACUGCCACGUGUAUCGCUGUAUCGACUAAACUUGUGUCGCGGAAUCAAACAAUACAUCAAAUAUCGAAAGUCACAAACUCCAUGCAGGCCAUGGAAGAGCUCAGUAACAUACAAGGGAAGCUGGACUGUUGUCUGGUCAUCGACGGAGAAUCACUACAGACAUACCUCGACCGCUACUGCGCUGAAUUCAUAGAUGUCGCCAUCCGGUUACCCGCCGUUGUCUGCUGUCGUUGCUCGCCAACGCAGAAGGCGGAGAUCACGCAAUUGAUCAAGAAAUGUACGGGCCAGCGCACGUGUGCCAUUGGCGAUGGAGGCAACGAUGUCUCCAUGAUCCAAGCUGCCCACGUGGGUGUUGGGAUUGUUGGAAAAGAAGGCAAACAGGCAUCCUUGGCGGCCGAUUUUUCCGUUACUCAGUUCAGUCACCUCACAAGAUUGUUACUGUGGCAUGGCCGGAAUAGCUAUAAACGUUCCGCAAAACUGAGUCAAUUCGUCAUACAUCGUGGUCUCAUAAUAUCCAUUAUGCAAGCGGUUUUCUCUUCCAUAUUCUACUUCGCCCCUAUUGCCCUAUAUCAGGGAAUGCUGCUCGUUGGAUAUGCAACCGUUUUUACAAUGGCGCCUGUGUUCUCGCUCGUGCUUGACAAGGACGUCAGCGAGGAGACCGCCCUGUUAUAUCCUGAGUUGUAUAAAGAGCUCCGGAAGGGUCGUUCGCUUUCACUAAAAACGUUCUUCAUCUGGUUGACUAUCAGCGUCUACCAAGGUGGCGCUAUCCUGAUGCUCGCAACUUGGCUAUUCGAAGACGAGUUCGUCAACAUUGUUUCCAUCUCAUUCACUGCUCUCAUCUUCAACGAGCUUCUAAUGGUCGCUUUGGAGAUUAACACAUGGCAUCCAUACAUGAUCUAUUCCGAAAUCAUCACUGUUGCAUUGUACAUUUCGUCGAUGUGGGUUUUGAAAACCGACUUCGAUCUCACGUUCAUUUUGACUACGACAUUCGUCUGGAAAUCGGCGGUCAUAACCGCCUUGAGCAGCUUCCCCUUGUACAUCCUGAAAUUUGCGAAGUGGAAGUGGAACCCGCCAAGUUACACGAAGUUGGAGAGGUGAUGUAGAUUAAAUAGGAAGUCUAACGCCCCGCUCGCGGCCGCCUUUAUCGCUACAAUGUAAAGACCAUCGUGAUA